CUACCACUAUUUCAAAAUAUCUUGUUAGUAAUAUGAAUGAUGCUAAAAAGGAGAACAUAAACAAUUAUUAUAACAGGAAUUUUGAAAAUACAGAAAAUAAAACUACCACUUUUCAAGCAACAUCAUUUAUCAGCAGCACUAAAAGUGAUAUAUCAAGAGUUGAAAGUAUAAAUGCAUAUCUUAAAAGAUUGUUAUAUAAUUCUAAUAUUUCACUUUGUGAACUUAUGCAAGAAAUAUAUAAAUUACUUGAUCAGCAAGAUAAGCAAAAUCAAUAUAAGUAUUGGAGACUUGCUAUACCAACAGUCAAAAAUAUUGAGCAAGCAAACUUUUUGUUCACUGAGAAACUUAGCAAAUCUAAUUAUAAACAAGAGCCUAUGUAUAUAAAUGAAACUGAAGUCAGUGAAUUACCUUUGACUCAAUCAAAAAGCAGUAGCCUAACUCAAUUAAAAGAUAGUAGUAGUAAAGCUAUAUGUACUAAGUAA